AUGAAAAAAAAAAGUAUAAAAAAAUUACGUUAUCUUGAUUCUAAAGGGAAACUAUAUUCCAAUGGAAUAAAAACUGAACCGAAAUCAAAAUAUGACCAAAUAGACUUUAGGAAUAAUUACAGUUUAAUUGAAAAUUAUAGUGAAUUGAAAAAUUUAUUAAAGCAAGCAGAAGAACAAUAUGAUUUUUUAAAAAAAGAACUAAAUUUAUUACAACAAAAGAAAGAUUUAUUACAGUGGCAUAUUUGUAAUAACAUUAAAAAGUUAAGUAUGAAAAGAAGUGAAAAACAAUUUAAAGAAGAGACAAGGAUCAAAUUGGAAACAAAAUUAAAAUCAUUAAAAGACAAAACAAGAAUUUAUAAAUUUGAACAUGAUACAUUAGAAGAAGAAGUCAGUAAAAUGGAAGAGGAAUUAGAGAAAAAAAUGUACGUCAAGAAUGACGUAGAAAACAAAUUUAAUGAAUGGUUAAAUAAAAAAGAUGAUUAUUUGAAAGAUCUUACCCAAGAAAGGAUACAGGCUCUUAACGAAAGAAAAAGAAGACAAAAUCAACUAAAAAAAUUAUUAUUGGUUAUGAAACAAGAAAAUAAUAAAAAUUACAACAUUAAUUAUCUUAAAAAAUAUGAAAGCAAUUUAAUGAAUGAAAUAAGUAGCUAUAAAAAUUAUAAUGAUUUUGAAACAAAAAUGGUUAUGGAUUUAAUUAAAAUGAAUUCAUAA